AGUUUAUGUUUCGUCUUUACACAAUGUUUAUUUAUUCAUCCAUCAAGUUCAUGAACAAUAUUAUUUUCAUUCAACAUUGUGACAUUGAAAAUAAUUUAUUGAUAAAAGUUCUAAGGUUUUUAUAUUAUUUCACGGUUGUCAUAUUAAUAUACCAAUCAAUGUUACAAAAAAAAAGCUAAACACUGACAGUUGACAACAAAUCAUUCAAGUAGUUAGACGAUAAAUAAUAAUUAUUCUCAAAAUGAGUGUUAAAAAAAUUAAAAAGUUUAAUAACGCUGCUAUUUUUAAAAAAAGAACAGCCAACGAUGACAACGUUGAAUUGACACACAGAAUUGUUAUCAAUGCAAGAAAAACUGGUGAAUUAAAUUUUUCAUCAAGAGGGUUAUCAUCAGUACCUGAUGGAGUAUGGACAAUCAAUAAUUUAACAAAAGAUGAAAUUAAUAAAUUGAAAAAUGACAUGGAUUUUGAUGACGAUGAUAGAGAUCGAUGGUGGGAACAAGAGUCAUUAAAAAUUCUAAAUUUAUCUAGCAAUACUUUGACAUUUGUAGAUAAAAAAAUUGAAUAUCUAGAAGAUCUUGUUAAUUUUGAUAUUCACGAUAAUUUAUUGGAAGAUUUACCAGAUCAAAUUGGAACAUUGACAAAGCUAGCAAAAUUAAAUAUUUCACAUAACAAGCUAAUCAACAUAAAUGCAAAUAUUUUUAUUUUGGAAAAUUUACGAUACUUGGAUUUAUCAUACAAUAAUUUAACAGAAAUAAAUUCAUCAAUUGGUGAUUUAGUCAUGCUGGAAUAUCUGAAUUUAUCAAACAACGAAAUAUCAAAAUUGCCAAUUGGACUGGGUUAUCUUGUGCGACUUGAAACAUGUGAUAUAAGUAACAACAAAUUAAUUGAACUACCACCGGAUAUUAUGAGCAUGCGAGUAUUAAAAAAAUUGAAUGCAAGUUCAAAUCAUCUUGAGAUAAUACCUCCUCUUGGUGAAAUGAGAAAGCUGGAAAAUUUAAUUAUCAAUUCAAAUAAUUUAAAAAUAUUUCCUGAUAUAUCUGGUUGUAUUUUGUUGAAAGAACUCAACUUGUCAAAUAAUUUAAUUGAUGAAAUUAAUAUGGAGUAUUUAGAUGGUAUGGGACAAUUAAGAUCUAUUUUAAUGGCCAAUAAUAAAAUUGUUUCAAUACCAGAUGACAUCAUUAAACUAUUAAAUUUGGAACAACUUGAUUUGUCCUUCAAUAAACUAACAAUAAUACCAAAUGUUAUUUGCAUAAUGCCAAAUUUAAAAAGCUUUGUUAUCAAUGAUAAUCCUGUUAAAAAUAUUAGACGAGAUAUUAUACAAUGUGGGACUGUGAGAAUAUUGAAACAUCUUCGUCAAGGUCUUGAUUCAGAAAAUAUUGAUUUAUCAGAGUUACCAUGUUCACCGGUUAAUUCUAUUCGAGCACCAGACAAAUACACGAUGAGACAUACUAAAUUACUGAGUUUAACAGCUCAAAAUCUUAACGAAAUACAAGAAACAAUUUUGGAUGAUGCUAUUACUGCUGGAGUUACUUGUGUUGAUUUAAGUAAAAAUAAAUUAAAGCAACUACCAUCGAGAAUGGCUUUGUUAAAUUUAAUUGAAGAUUUAAAAAUUUCUUGUAAUCAAUUGGUAAUUUUGCCUGAUUGGAUUGGUGAAUCAUUUUGUCAUUUACGGUAUUUAGAUAUUAGCAGAAAUCAACUUGAAGCACUACCACAAAGUAUUGGACUACUUGAACGAUUGAGAGAGAUAAAUAUUUCAUUUAACAAGUUUAAAAAAAUACCAGAGUGUUUGUAUAAUAUUUUAAACUUGGAAAUAAUGUUUGUUAAUGAUAAUCAAAUUGAUGAAAUUAAUGCUGAUUCAUUGGCAAAAUUGUACAGACUUGCAACACUUGAUUUAUCAAACAAUAAUAUCAAGCAUGUUCCAGCCGAAUUGGGGAAUCAAAAAAAUUUGAGUCAUUUUUCAUCAGUUAUCAAUGGACAUUGCAUAGCAUGUAAAACCCAUGCAGAAAUUAGAUGUCAUAACAUUGCUGUUGACUGGAAAUUGUUUCAAACAACCGAGACAAGAUACUCUGAUGAAAGGAACAGAUGAAAUUUUGUCUUAUCUUCGUAAUCGUAUACCUUUAUAGUUUUAAUUUUUAAUAAUAAUUACUAAAUAAAUGUGCCGUAAUUAACAAUGUGAAUUCAACACCAAAGUUUUAUGUAUUUUAAUAAAAUAUAAUUGUUGUGUAAUUGUUUAAAACAAAUAAAAAGUGAUACUAAAAAAAAAAACA